GGCUGCUGGGUGCGGAGCGGGCUUAGUUAGUUGGGGCCCGGACCGAGGGGUGCGGCCAGGCUGCGGGGAGUGGCUCUCUCCGGGAAAGAAGGUAACGCGGGGCUCGCCGGGGGGCUCGGGCUAGUGGCGAGAAUAAGAAAAAGAAAUCUGGAAAAGUUGGCGAAGGUCGAGUGUGUUCUGCCCUCAAAGCAGGAGCUCAACUACACUAGGAAAUGCACAAUUUUGAGGAUGAGUUAACAUGCCCCAUUUGUUACAGUAUCUUUGAAGACCCUCGUGUACUACCAUGUUCUCACACAUUCUGUAAGGCUUGCUUAGAAAGCAUUCUUCAGGCAUCAAGUAACUUUUACAUAUGGAGGCCUUUGCGGAUCCCGCUCAAGUGCCCUAGCUGCAGAAGCAUGAACGAGGUCGCUCCCUCGGGCAUAGACUCUUUACCGGUUAAUUUUGCAUUAAGGGGUAUUAUCGAAAAGUACCAGCAAGAAGAUCACCCGGAAAUUGCCACCUGCCCUGAACACUACAUGCAGCCAUUAAAUGUUUACUGUCUGCUGGAUAAGAAGCUGGUCUGUGGGCAUUGCCUUACCAUGGGCCAGCAUAAGGGCCACCCAAUAGAUGACCUCAACAGCGCCUACCUCAAGGAGAAGGAAACACCGCAGAAAUUGCUCCAGCAGUUGAGUGAUGCUCACUGGACAGACCUCAGCCAUCUGAUUCAGAAGCUUGAAGAACAGAAAUUGAAUUCGGAGAGGAUGGUCCAAGGGGAUAAGGAAGUCGUUCUUCAGUACUUCAAGGAGCUUAGUGAUGUAUUGGAACAGAAAAAAAAGCUGUUCCUAACUGCCCUUUGUGAUGUCAGUAAAAGGAUCUGUCAGCUCUAUACGCCCCAAAUCGAAAGAAUGAAAGAGUUGCAAGAGCAGCAGCUUGAAUUAAUCGCCCUGGCAACAUCUUUACAGGAAGAAAAUCCCCUGGAGUUUCUUGAGAAAGUGGAUGAUGUUCGCCAGCGGGUCCAGAUGCUGAAGCAGAAACCCCUGCCCCAAAUCUUGCCUGUCCACAUCCACCCACGAGCUAUCCAGGUAUUGAAGGAGGAUUGGAGCAGAACAGAAAUUAAGCAAAUCAAGCAACUGCUCGUUCCCGAAAUGAAGAUUUCUUCAAAGAGGAAGCCUUGUCCCCCGAUAGAGAAGAAAGACAAUGACAGAGAAGCUGAACUUUUUAAGAUUCUAAAUAUUGUUAUUGUCACAGUGAUUUCAGUGAUACUGUUAUCAGUCCUCUUUUUUAACCAGCACAUAAUAACCUUUUUAAAUGAAAUCACUUCACUGUAUUUCUCUAAAGUCUCUUCAUCUGUUUACCAAAUUGUAUCGAACAGCCUGCAUAAUUUAAAGAAUAUCCUGUGUCACAUUUUAUAUUUAAUGAAGGAAUUCAUAUGGAAGCCAGUUUUUUGUUGAGAAUUUAAAACCUGACUAAGUUUGAAUAGAUUUAUUCUGUGCAACCAAGAUUAAGUUGAGAAAUAGGGGCAGCUAGCAUAAUUAGCAAACUAAACCUUAUUAUAGUGGCAACAAAUAUAAAUAUGCAACUGUUAAGCUUUAUGGAUCUUCUUGGGUAAAAAUGUGUCAAAGUUUUUCAGAAAUGAGGCGUCUUUUGUUUCAGCCUAAAAACUAAAACCUAGGUAUUGAGUGCUGAUUAUUCCAAUUAAUUGGCUUGAGUUGGACUAUUUAAAGACAUUGAUGUGACAUUUAAAGAAAGACAUUGAUGCCAGUGAUGUAACCUGUGCUAAGCUAAGCAAUAGUAUAUACUGGUAUCAAUGUGACUUCAAGUUUUGUACUAAUAUUAUAUUUUAUCAUUCUUCAGUUUUAUAUGAAUAUACUUAAUUCUGAAAGUUCUGAUGCCUUUCUUUGCAUAUGGCUUGAAGCUUUUGAGUGGCAGAAUAAGGAUGGUGGACUUUAAGAUAAAAAGCCUUGGGGCCGGGAAG